UUGGCGGGAGUGGAACCCGAGCGGAGGCUGCGAGAACCCGCGCCAUGGUGGAGAAGGAGGAGGCUGGCGGCGGCAUCAGCGAGGAGGAGGCGGCGCAGUAUGACCGGCAGAUCCGCCUGUGGGGAUUGGAGGCCCAGAAACGGCUGCGGGCCUCCCGGGUGCUUCUUGUCGGCAUGAAAGGACUCGGGGCUGAAAUUGCCAAGAAUCUCAUCCUGGCAGGAGUGAAAGGACUGACCAUGCUGGAUCAUGAACAGGUAUCUCCAGAAGAUCCCGGAGCUCAGUUCCUGAUUCGUACUGGGUCCAUUGGCCGAAAUAGAGCCGAAGCCUCUUUGGAGCGAGCCCAGAAUCUCAAUCCAAUGGUGGAUGUAAAGGUGGACACUGAGGAUAUAGAGAAGAAAGCUGAGUCAUUUUUCACUCAGUUUGAUGCUGUGUGUCUGACUUGCUGCUCCAGGGAUGUCAUAGUUAAAGUUGACCAGAUCUGUCACAAAAAUAGCAUCAAGUUCUUUACAGGAGAUGUUUUUGGCUACCAUGGAUACACAUUUGCUAAUCUUGGAGAACAUGAGUUUGUAGAGGAGAAAACUAAAGUCGCCAAAGUUAGCCAAGGAGUAGAAGAUGGACCUGAUACCAAAAGAGCAAAACUUGAUUCAUCUGAGACGACUAUGGUCAAAAAGAAGGUGGUCUUCUGCCCAGUUAAAGAAGCACUGGAGGUGGACUGGAACAGUGAUAAAGCAAAGGCCACUCUGAAGCGCACAACUUCCGAUUACUUUCUCCUUCAAGUGCUCUUGAAAUUCCGCACAGAUAAAGGAAGAGAUCCUAGUUCUGAUACCUAUGGGGAAGAUUCUGAGUUGUUGCUCCAGAUAAGAAAUGAUGUGCUUGACUCACUGGGUGUUAGUCCCGACCUGCUUCCCGAGGAUUUUGUCAGGUACUGCUUCUCUGAGAUGGCCCCAGUGUGUGCAGUGGUUGGAGGGAUCUUGGCACAGGAAAUUGUGAAGGCCCUGUCUCAAAGGGACCCUCCUCACAACAACUUCUUCUUCUUCGAUGGCAUGAAGGGGAAUGGGAUUGUGGAAUGCCUUGGCCCCAAGUGAACCCAAGCCUUGGCAGCCCCAGAGAUGCUGACCUGCAGCAUACCCACAUGUAUUCCCUGUCCCCUGCCCCCCACAGAGGCAUCUCCAGACAGGGAGAAGGGAAGUCAUUGGCCCAAUACAAAGCGUUUCCUGAGAGCAAAGUGUCAAUUGGCCGCUGUCUCCAUUCCAGCACUGCUCGGGACUGUUUGCCACCCCAGGCCUGCUAGCUCCCCUGAGUGGUGAUCGCCUCGAAACACCGCUCUGACAUCUCUCUGUCCUGGUGCCAUCUCGGCGUCACCAGACCUCUGGGGUAUUGUUGGAGAUGCCUGCCAGGAAACAGCACAGCACACCUUGUUGCUUAGGAGCCUCUUGCCACCCUCUUGGACUUAUUCUCUGCCUGAUGUCAUACAAAGAAAAACAUGACUUCAGGUGGGGAAUAAGCUCAGAUCUAGUGAAACGUCAUGGAACCACAGUUCCAAAUACAGACAGGUGCCCUGAAGAAGAAAAACUAUGACAAGUGGAAUGUAUUUCCUCCAGUUUGAGAUCCUGAAAAACAACAGGUGGCAUCUGUUGUGCUGUUCUUGGGUUUUAGUUUAGGAUUAGUCGAGUUCCAGCCUGGAUUUUGGAAGAGGGGAAAUGUUACUAAGUCCUCUUGGAUAUUAGAGUGAGACCUUGCAAGUUGAAUAUUAUUGGGAGAGCUAGUUUUAAAAAGGCAGGUUCCUGGGUCCUACUCCUGGAGCUUCUGGGCUGGGACAGAGGAGCCUGCCGUUUUAACAGGAUCCCAGUCACUGAGGUGGCACAGACCACUCUGGAGGCUGUUGCAUUUAAGGGCUGUGUCAGUCCUUCAAUUCCUCCUGUAUUGCAGCUGUUUGUGUUUUAUAUAUUUUCUAGAUUUUCCUUGGUUCUUUAAAAAGCAAUGAUAGAAAUAAAGUUAUUUGCUUUAG